GUGCCUUUCUCAUUCCUUACUUUCUCAUGCUGUUUCUGUGUGGCAUCCCCCUGCUCUUCAUGGAGUUUGCCAUUGGGCAGUACACCCGUCUGGGACCAGUGCACGCUCUAGCCAAAAUCUGCCCGUUGUUCAAAGGUGAGUGAUAUCCACAGGCCUAUUGUUUACCAAGGCCUCACAUUAUGUGCAAGAACAGCCACAGGCUGGUUUUGUUAAGCAUUUAGCUACCAUUUCCUGUUGGUUUUUAGUCAACGUGGUACAGUCCAGCAAAGAGGCAAUGAUGUUUUAAUGAGUGCAUACAAACAGUAGGCCCCUGGCAGAGGUAAAGGGAUUAACACGUGGCGGCUCAGUUUGCCACGCUGUUCAAAAGGGGAAGGGAUAAAUAACUGUCUGUUAUCAGGUUCCGGUGCCACUAAACAUUGAGCAUGGUUACAUGCACACAAUAAUGUGAUUAUUGUGGAUGGUCAGAUUAACCUGAUGGCACUCUGAUAAAUGCAGAAAAUUGGCAAUCAAAAUGAACGUUCUACCACUGCGACUGUGUUAUUUUUGGAAAGCAUAUUUGAUUCUGAGUUCAGACAUGUAAAGUUUGUAUCUGAAAACUACUUCUAAGACGCAUACAGUGCCUUCAGAAAGUAUUCAUAUCCCUUGACUUAUUACGCAUUUUGUUGUUACAGCCUGAAUUCAUAAUGGAUUCAAUUGUUUUUUCCCCCUCAUCAAUCUACACACAAUACCCCAUAAUGACAAAGUGAAAACAUGUUUUUAGAAAUGUUUGUAAAUGUAUUGAAAAUGAAAUCCAGAAAUAUCUAAUUUACAUAGUUAUUCACACCCUGUGUCAAUACUUUGUAGAAGCACAUUUGGCAGCGAUUUCCUGCUGCGAAUCUUUCUGUGGAAGAGCUUUCCACUCCUGGAUUGUACAACAUUUGCCCAUUUUAUUCUUUUCAAAAUUCUUCAAUCUCUGUCAAAUUGGUUAUUGAUCAUUGCUAGACAACCAUUUUCAAGUAGAUUUAAGUCAAUACUGUAACUAGGCCACUUGGGAACAUUCACUGUCUUCUUUGUAAGCAACUCCAGUGUAUAUUUGGCCUUGUGUUUUAGGUUAUUGUCCUGCUGAAAGGUGAAUUCAUCUCCCAGUGUCUGGUGGAAAGCAGACUGAACCAUGUUUUCCUCUAGGAUUUUGCCUGUUCUUAGCUCCUUUCCGUUUCUUUUUUAUCCUGAAAAACUCCCCAGUCCUUAACGAUUACAAGCAUACCAAUAACACGAUGCAGCCACUACUAUGCUUGAAAAUAUAGAGAGUGGUUCUCAGUAAUGUGUUGGAUUUGCCCCAAACAUAACAUUUUGUAUUCAGGACAAAAAGUGAAUUGCUUUGCCACGUCUUUUUUGCAGUAAUACUUUAGUGACUUGUUGCAAACUGGAUACAUGUUUUGGAAUAUUUGUAUUAUGUACAGGCUUCCUUCUUUUCACUCUGUCAAUUAGGUUAGUAUUGUGGAGUAACUACAAUGUUGUUGAUCCAUCCUCAAUUUCUCAUAUCACAGCCAUUAAACUCUAUAACUAUUUUAAAGUCACCACUGGCCUCAUAAGCAGUUUCCUUCCUCUCCGGCAACUGAGUUAGGAAGGACACCUGUAUCUUUAUAGUGACUGGGUGUAUUGAUACACCAUCCAAAGUGUAAUCAAUAACUUCUAUCUACCAAUAGGUGCCCUUCUUUGCUAGGCAUUGGAAAACCUCCCUGGUCUUUGUGGUUGAAUCUGUGGUUGAAAUUCACUGCUCGACUGAGGGACCUUAUAAUUAUCUGUAUGUGUGGGGUAUAGAGAUGAGGUAGUCAUUCAAAAAUGAUGUUGAACUAAAUUAUUGCGCACAGUGAGUCCAUGUGACAUUUUUACUUGUGAUCUUAUUUAGGCUUGCCAUAACAAAGGGGUUGAAUACUUAUUGACUAAUUUCAGCUUUUCAUUUUUAAGAAAUUCUAAAAACUUAAUUCCACUUCGACAUUAAGGGGUAUUGUGUGUAGACCAGUGACAAAAAAAUCUCAAUUUAAUAUUCAGGCUGUAACACAACAAAAUGUGAAAAAAGUCAAGGGGUAUGAGUACUUUCUUAAGGCACUGUAACUGUUGGCCAGUCUUUUUUCCAUCCAGUUAAAUAAUACACUGACAUGAUGCAGUGCAUUCGGAAAGUAUUCAGACGCCUUGACUUUUUCCACAUUUUGUUACGUUACAGCCAUAUUCUAAAAUUGAUUAAAUACAGUUUUCCCUCAUCAAUCUACACAAAAUACCCCAUAAUGACAAAGCAAAAACAGGUUUGCUUUGUCAUUAUGGGGUAUUGUGUGUAGAAUGAUAAAAAACAAUUUAAUCAAUUUUAGAAUAACUCCUGGAGGGGCUCAGUUUACCUGAUGGCUGCUAACAACGACUGAUAAAACAUCUGUUUGCUUUUGAAUUAGGAUUAUUCUGGUUGUGUGCCCUAUAUUUCUUUGUAAGUAUGUUUGUGUGUACGUAUGUGUGUGGAUUUAUAUACACAAACAAUGUUUUGUUUUAUGUUUUUUGUAUUUUAUCUGCUUUUUCUGUAAUUGAACAUUUGGAGGUCGACCCCUGAUCCCUUACAAUUCACAUAAUUAAUGUAACUUAAAUCGCAGUACAUAAAAUUAAGCAAUUCUUAAAAUGAUCUAAUGUUUUGUACCACUUCUACUAAAUUCUCUGUCAUCAGCAGUAUAGCAGCCCUGGGUUGUUAUUGAACACUAGAUUGAACCCUUUUUGACAGGGAGAACGCAAACACCAUUACGCCACUCUGGGUGUGUUUGGACCAGCCAAUAGAGCAGACCAUCCCCUUAAUUAGUGGUGUGAAGGGAAAGUGCAAACUCUGGGAUGGAUGAAAGGAAGGGAGGCUUAUGGUGUACCAUGUGCAGUAGUUCCAACUGAUCCUGGAGAUCAGUAGGGUUAUAUUGGGCUCCACCACUGUGUUGACAGAGGUGUUUUCUAGUUGACCCACCAUCCAUAUUGUCCACAGCAUUCCAUUAUUCUUUCUCUGCUAACAAUGCCAACAUACACAGUGUACAAAACAUUAGGAACACCUUCCUAAUAUUGAGUUGCACCCCCUUUUGCCCUCAAAACAGCCUCAAUUUGUCGGGGCAUGGACUCUAAAAGGUGUUGAAAGCGUUCCACAGGGAUGCUGGCCCUUGUUGACUCCAAUGCUUCCCACAGUUGUAUCAAGUUGGCUGGAUGUCCUUUGGGUGGUGGACCAUUCUUGAGACACACGGGAAACAGUUGAAUGUGAAAAACCCAGCAGCGUUGCAGUUCUUGACACACUGAAAACUGGUGCGCCUGGCACCUACUACCAUACCCCGUUCAAAGGCACUUAAAUAUUUUGUCUUGCCCAUUCACGCUUUGAAUGGCACACAUACACAAUCCAACUCUCAAUUGUCUCAAGGCUUUAAAAAAUAAUAAUUAUUUAACCUGUCUCCUCCCCUUCAUCUACAGUGAUUUGAAGUGGAUUUAACAGGUGACAUCAAUAAAGGAUCAUAGCUUUCACCUGGUCAGUCUGUUUUGUACACUCAAUGUAUUUUUGUAAGUUAGGGGCAUGAAGCAUUUUGGAGAUUAUUUUGUGAGGCACCAAACAUGACCUGACCUCACAGGGAUUUGUUUGUCAAUAUUCAGUUCUUCUCUCAUAGUACAUUAAUGUACAUACCGUAAUGCAGAGUCCAGUGGAACGCUUUAUGAACAGUAGACAAUUAUUACAUUAUCUUUUAGAAUACACAACUGCUAAACUGUUGGAACCUCUCUACAUAUUCUAGGAGCUAAGGACUUAACUAAAUAACUUUGUUAUUCAAAACUGUUUAGAGAAGAGAAACACUCUUAACACUGUUUUUGACUAAUGCGAUUAUAAGAUUAACUUGUUGUUAAUUGUGAAUCGGCUGGCUGCCACGGUUAAGCCCAGCUCUCAGUGAUGUUUUCUUAUGAGAAAUUGCACAAUGUUUGAUUAUUCAGUGUCCAACUGAGAGACACUUGACCCAGCACAGCAGAGGACCCAUGUCAAGUUCAGGUAGUAAACCUGGACUACUCUUAUCAUAAGAUCUAAUCAUGUCACCAGGGAUGUAGUUCUAAUACUUGAGUCAUUCUGUACACUACCAGAAACAAAAAUAAAUAGUCCCCCCUCCACACACACAAAAAAAGAACUGCAACAUAAAGCUAAAGAAUAAACACAACUGAAAAUAUGUAUGCCUAUUGUGUUUUUCUAAAUUUGAUAUAUUUUUAUCAUGUUGUUGAAAGACUGUGUCGCAAAUGAAAUCCCAACUCAUUAUAUCCACAGAUGCCUGGAACUAGAUGUCCAUAUGACUCAUCUUCAGUUCCCAUAAAAUAGAGUGGAAUUAUUCUAAAUUACGAACUGCUGGCCUAUUUAGUUGUGACCCGGUUAUGGCCAAUGUCAGGGCUGUGCACAGACGUUUCAGGGGGCAGGUGAAAAAAAAAUAGAUAAUUAAAAACAGGUCUAUUUAUUUCUAUAACAACACACUCACUCAUCACAAAUUGUAAGCAAGCUAGUUGCCUCCUGAAGACAUGAUUGAUAUCAUAAAAAGUGGGUGGGCUAUCAGCUGAUCGUUGAUGAUUGAUGUAAAUCUGCUAGUAAGCUAGCUCGACAAUUAUUUUACGGAUUGUGAUUUAUCUAAAUAAUAACUUCAUAAUAUAAUAUUAAUAAUCUUCUAACUCAUAAUAUAUGGCUGGCUGGUUAGUGGCCUGUGUGGAUAUUUUAGUAUAUGGUGGUUAGCUAGAGUCGACUACCUCGGUUGCUGCUGCUGAUACACAUGUGAACUGAAGAAAGGAUGGAGUUGGGUCUGUAGAUGCAGCCACUCCUCUCUGUCUUUCUGCCUCGCUCUGCUCCAAGUAUCAGCCAACCAGACCGAAUACUGAUGAUGUAAAUCAAGUGUUAAUUAAAUGUUAUGCUGCAGCUUCUGUGGCAGUACUGUUGAUACAGUAUUUAAAAGGGGACUAUUGUGCUCUCCCAGAACUUUGGUUGGUGUGCAAAACCCGUGAAUUCAGCAGAAGGCUGCAAAGCCGAAACGUCUGUGUGUACGCUAUCCCUGAUGCAGUGAAAAUAUUUUUUUUUUUAUGAAGUAAGCUUUAUGCAACAUAUUUUUUAGUGGGGACCCAUCACACCUUUUUAAUACGGUUGAUAUUUAAAAUAUGUAGUUUGCUACACACACUCAUGCAUCUCAAGACAUUCAUGUUUGGAUACUGCACGCAAUCUCUGUGGGCAGACCGGGAAACCGGUGCAACCGAUCGUGUGCGAGCUCCAGGGUAGACCAACAGGCGCAACCAACGGACGGGGUGGUGGGUGGCGACUUGCGGGCAGUUGGUUCAGAACAACAAUGACAAAAACGGUCAAAAAAAAUAAUCUUAUACCACCACCCAAAAGGGCAUUUGGCAAGUGGGAGGGCAAAGGGGCAGGUGCUCAGGCACAGGUAGACCUCUAUCUGUGCACAUGCCUGGCCAAUGUUGCCUUCGAUACCCACCUCUGGUUUUGCAUGGCUUUGAAUCGGUCAGUCCUGUUAGUACAGGAACCUUAUUAUUAUUUUUCUUGUCCUUUGGCUUUCCUGGAAAGUGUUUGUUGGAUUUUAGGCACAUAGCAGCCUCAUCUUUCUUGGAACCUCACAUAUUCUUGCUGGAUUUAUUGGUCCUAGUACUACACUGUAGGGUAGAACUGGAAGUGUACCAUGUAGUCAGAAUCUUUGUCCAGUAUCUUUAAAAAAAACUUUGUCAACAGCUAAUUGGUAAUGGGAGCACUACCAUUUGUUGUUUACCCAUGCCUACCUUUACAGAUCUACAUACAGCACACAUCUGAAGGAGGCCCACACACAAAAGACACCAGAGGAGAAAGUAGCUACUGCUGCUGGGGCAUCACCAUUGUAGGAAAGUUCCAUGACUUUGUCCCCUUUGCCCUCCCUGUUGCUCUACAGGUGUGGGAAUUGCCACAGUCGUGAUCUCCUUUGUGCUCUGCACCUACUACAACGUUCUCAUGAGCUGGGCGCUCUACUACUUCUUCAACUCAUUCCAAGCCAACUUCCCCUGGCAGUCCUGCAACAAUACCUGGAAUGCCGUAGGUAACUGCUCCAUCGGUUUCCCUGGCAAUGCCACCCACCUGCAUUCGGCCAGUCAGCAAUACUUUGAGUAAGCACCAAUCUUCUUCAAUUAAUCACAUUUUUAUUGAUGUUGUGGUAGGGCCUAGAAGUCGCUGGCAUGGGUAGGGCUCAGGACUCUUGUGGUUAUUGUUAUAGUUUGUUUUAUCACAAAACAAAGAUGUCCCAUCCAGAUUUUUGUAAAGUCAGGGCUCUUGUAUUAUUGAAAGAUAACAGUUUGAUAAGCUAUGAAAGUUUCUUUAGCAUUGUUUCCCAUCCUGACCCUUACUUCCUCUCUCAGUCACAGACUUCUGGAGAUAACCAAUGGUAUUGAGGAGGCAGGAGGACUACGCUGGGAGCUGUUUGGCAUCCUUAUCCUGGCCUGGGUCAUUGUCUACUUGUGCAUCUUCAAAGGCGUCAAAUCCACUGGCAAGGUCAGAGUGCAUUCUCUUCACUCAACAGUAGCUGCUUAUGGCUAUUCCUCUUUAGAGCUGUAGAUUGUUUAGUGUUAGUAAUUUGUGGUAUAGGUUAACUCAGGGGUGUCAAACGUCCGGCCCGCGGGCCGGAUCAGGCCCGCAAACGGGUUUAAUCCAGCCCGCGAGAUGAUUUAAAAAUAAAAUAAUAAUAAUAAUAAUAAUUUUGUAAAGUAUAAAAAUGCGCUGCAAUUUUUCAAUAAAAUAAACUGCUGUUCCAAUUGCGUCCACUGGAUGGCGCAAUAGCAAUUGUGUUAAGCAAGCAAACUGUUUAUACCGGGGCAGAGCAAGUAGGUCAAGCACGUGCAGCCAAUGAGCUACUUUGUUUUGCCCGCGAUAUUUAUUACGGCUUCUACUUUUAACAUUAUGUGCUUUGGCACCCUCAUUGCCCCAAUAUGUCUCUGUCAAAAAAGAGAAAAGUGGAGGCAGAGUGCAGAGUGUUCCAAGAAAAAUGGUCAUCCUAUUUCUUCACGGAAUUGAAUGGGAAAGCUGUAUGUUUGGUGUGUUCAGAGCAUGUUGCAGUGCUGAAAGAAUAUAACCUUCGUCGCCACUAUGUGAGUCUUCAUGCCGACAAAUAUGACAACUUUCAAGGACAGCGGAGAUGAGAGAAGGUGAAUGAACUGUUGGCGGGUCUGAAGAAACAGCAGUCUGUGUUUACUCACAGCCGAGACAUCAGUGACGCUGCAGUGAAAGCUAGCUACCUCAUUGCUAAUGAAAUCGCAGUGGCUUCAAACCCAUUUAGUGAGGGUGAAUUUGUAAAAGCAUGCAUGAUGAAGGCAGCGGAGAUUGUGUGCCCUGAAAAGCGGCAGGCUUUUGCAAAUAUCAGCCUGACAAGAAACACAGUUGCAGACAGGAUUUCCGAUCUUUCAGUGGAUUUGGACAGCCAGUUGAAGCAAAAAAUAAAGUCAUUUAUUGCGUUUUCGGUUGCAAUUGAUGAAAGCACGGACAUUACAGGUGUUGCACAACUGGCCAUUUUCAUCCGCGGAGUUGAUGACACAUUGACCGUCACCGAGGAGUUCGUGGAGUUGGUGCCGAUGACAGAUACAACGACAGCAGCUGAUAUUUUUACAGCACUCGUCGGCGUGCUGGACAGGGUCGGAGUGGACUGGUCCCGCGCUGUCAGCCUGGCUACAGAUGGUGCGCCCUCAAUGAUCGGGAAAAAAGCAGGCGUUGUGACAAAGUUCAGAGAGAAAGUGCAAUCUGCAAAUGGAGGACGUGAUUUUUUGACUUUUCACUGUAUUUUGCACCAGGAGGCUUUGUGUUGCAAGUCAUUAAAGAUGGAUAACGUCAUGAAGGUGGUCAUCCAAACUGUUAAUUUCAUCCGAUCCAGAAGCCUGAAUCACCGUCAGUUUGACAGCCUUCUCAGAGAGAAAGACCACAUCUAUGGCCUGCCAUACCACACUGAGGUAAGAUGGUUAAGCCGAGGUGCGGUGCUGAGGCGUUUCUUUGAUUUACGAGAAGAAAUUGAACAGUUCAUGGAAGAAAAGGGCAAACCAGUGUUAGAAUUUCAUUCCGCAGAAUGGAUGCAGGACCUUGCAUUUAUGGUGGAUGUUACAGAGCACCUGAAUAACUUGAACAAACAGCUGCAAGGGCGCAACAAAGUUGUCACGCAGUAUUAUGACAGCAUACGUUCUUUCAAGUUGAAGCUGUCAUUGUGGGAGACGCAACUUGCCGGUGGUGAUGCAGCUCACUUCCCCUGUCUGAAAAAUGUGUGCGCGACCCAACAUUUGGCAGACAUGAAGCGGUUCAAAGAUAAAAUAACGGGACUGUUACGGGAGUUUGAGCAACGCUUUCAGAUUUAUGUUUAUAUGUUUUUAUGUUGAUGUGCUAUUGUUUUUAAUUUAUUUUAUUUUAUUUGUAUAUUUAACCUAUUCUUGACUCUGUGGUUCUUGCACUUGUUUGGGGAACAGGAUUUCAUUAUUUUUAUCUACAUUUCUGCCUGAGAAAUGACACCCUGAUAUAGUUCUGUGAUCUGUGAUAUACUUCUGUGAAUCACUGAGGCAUUGUGUGUUUGUGUGUUCUUUGUCCUCAGAACUUUCAAAUAACUUGAGGUGUUUUAUGAUUAAUAGUGAUGUUGUGCUUUUGGACACUGUCCUCAGGCUCCAUCUUUAUGUUUAUAUGUUUUUAUGUUGAUGUGCUAUUGUUUUUAAUUGUUUUUAUUUUAGUUGUAUAUUUAACCUAUUCUUGACUCUGUGGUUCUUGCACUUGUUUGGGGAACAGGAUUUCAUUAUUUUUAUCUACAUUUCUGCCUGAGAAAUGACACCCUGAUAUAGUUCUGUGAUCUGUGAUAUACUUCUGUGAAUCACUGAGGCAUUGUGUGUUUGUGUUCUUUGUCCUCAGAACUUUCAAAUAACUUGAGGUGUUUUAUGAUUAAUAGUGAUGUUGUGCUUUUGGACACUGUCCUCAGGCUCCAGCUUUAUGUUUAUAUGUUUUUAUGUUGAUGUGCUAUUGUUUUUAAUUGAUUUUAUUUUAUUUGUAUAUUUAACCUAUUCUUGACUCUGUGGUUCUUGCACUUGUUUGGGGAACAUAAUUUCAUAAUUUUUAUCUACAUUUCUGCCUGAGAAAUGACACCCUGAUAUAGUUCUGUGAUCUGUGAAACAGUUCUGUUAAUCACUGAGGCAUUGUGUGUUUGUGUGUUCUUUUUCUUUAGAAUUUUCAAAUAAACUUGACAUGUUUUAUGAUUAAUAGUGAUGUUGUGCUUGUACUAUUUUGGACACACUGUCCUCAGGCUCCAGCUUUAUGUUGUAUGUUGAUCGUAUUAAAACAAAGAAAACAAUCUGAAGUUGUUGUUUUUAAGUUAUAUAUACCAUGAUUUUUCCGGUCCGGCCCACUUGGGAAUAGAUUUUCCUCCAUGUGGCCCCUGAGCUAAAAUGAGUUUGACACCCUUGGGUUAACUGAAAUGUAUAGAUAUUACUGUUUCAUUUUAAAUGGUUGCAUUCACCAGUUAUACUCUUUGUCCUUAAAUGUAUACAUUUAUAACUUUUGUAUGCUCUCAGGCUGUCUCGUUAGUGGGGAAUCAUUAUUCAAAUGUAAAGGUUUUCCAUUGCCAUGGGGUCUACAUUGUUGGUGGGUGUUGGAGGAGAACUGAUGGGUGUCAAAUAUCAUGUUUCUCCUCCUGGUAUUUAGAGGAGACAGAAUUUAUUCCACCUCUAUGUCGCAUCAUACAUCUUGUAUGUUUUGAUCUACAAUACAUUUAAACUCAUGUUAUACUUACUGAGUAUUUUUUUCUUCUCACUCUCUGUGCUUUAGGUUGUUUAUUUCACUGCCACGUUCCCAUACUUCAUUCUGUUCGUCUUGCUCAUCAAUAAUGUCCAGCUUCCUGGAGCCAAGAAUGGGCUGCUCUACUUCCUGAAGCCUAAGUGGAGCAAGCUGCUUGAAGUUCAGGUCUGACAUACUGUAUUAGAGGAUGAAUGACGAUUAAUGGGCAGUUUCCCAGACACAGAUUAUGCCUAGUCAUGGACUAAAAAUUAUCUCCAUUGAAAAAGCUUUCUAGUCCAGGAUUAGACUUAAUCUGUGCCUAGGAAACUGCCCAGAAGUGUAUUUGUGUUCUUGUUUUACAGUACGAGUUAAAACAUUGUCCAUCUCUCACCUUUUAUCUGCUUACCUCUGCCUUACUGCAGGUUUGGAUUAACGCUGCAGCCCAGGUAUUCAACUCCAUUGGAAUAGGAUUUGGCACCAUGAUCUCCAUGGCCAGUUACAACAAGUUCAACAAUAACAUCCUCAGGUUAGAGAUGCAGUCUCCUGUACCACUUUGUCUUUGCCAUCACAUGAUUUAUAUGCAGAUCCACAGUGUAAUUCUAUAGUUAAAAAAUAAUAACUGCCUCUCAUGGUGACUAAAAGCAGUUAACUGUGUCUUCUCAAUAAGACCCAUCAUGCUUUGUACAUCAAAAGAUCUGUCAAGCCAACACCACUUUGGUACUCAACGAACUGUAUGGGGCCAUAAAACAAACAAGAAACCGCUCAUCCAGAGUCAGCGUUUCUGGUGGGCGGAGACUUUAACGCAGGGAGACUGAAAACUGUUCUACCUCACUUCUACCAACAUGUAUCCUGCGCCACUAGGGGCACUAAAACUGUAGACCACUUUUAUUCUACCGACAGAAAUGCAUACAAGGCCCUCCCUCGUCCUCCCUUCGGCAAAUCUGACCACAAGUCUGUUCUCCUGCUUUCUGUUUACAAACAAAAGCUCAAACAGGAAGUACCAGUGACGCACUCAAUACAGAAGUGGUCCAAUGAAGCAGACACAAGGCUAUAAUACUUUUUUGCUAGUACAGACUGGGAUAUGUUCCUUGAUUCAUCCGAUAGCGUUGAGGAGUUUGCAACAUCAGUCACGGGCUGCAUCAAUAAGUGCAUAGACAACGUCAUCCCCACAGUGACUAUAUGAAUAUAUCCAAACCCCAAAACAUGGAUUACAGGCAAUAUCCAAGAUGAGUGAAAGGCAAGAGCUACUGCUUGCAGGGAACAGGACAUGGACACAUACAAGAAGCCCGCUACGACCUCCAACAAGAAAUCAAACAUGCAAAAGGACAAUAAAGGAGGAAGGUGAAAUCCUAAUACACCGGCUCCAACGCUCGUCGUAUGUGGCAGGGCUUGCAUACGAUAAUGGAAAACCCAGCGAUAAGAUGCCCAGUGAUGCAGAACCCCCAAACAAGUUAAAUGCCUUUUAUACUUGCUUCGAGGAAUACAACACUGAGUCUUGCGUGAAUGCCCCUGUUGUUCCAGAUGAUUGUGUGAUCUCGCUCUCCAUGGUCAAUGUGAGUAAAACUUUGAAUCACUCUCAAGGCCACCGGGCCAGACGGAAUACCAGGGCGUGUUCUGAAAGCACGUGCAGACCAGCUGGCAAGUGGUCCACCAUUGGGGUGCCAAGACAGAGAAGAGCUUGGACUGGGCUGUGACAGCAUGGAAUUCAAAUGAGGAGAUGGAUAGGUGAGUGAGGGAGAAAAAAAUUGAAAAUCUCCACUUAGGAGAAAUUAGCAGCCCUGUUGCACCACCUCGAAGACCAGAUGCUGUCGGACUAUGAGAGAAAACAUAGUCAGAUGAAGAGAGAGCAGCUGGAGUAGCAGUGUUCUCUGGGGUUAUCCAUGUCUCCGUCAGGGCCAAAAAGUCUAGAGACUGAGAUUAACUUGGCGUCCUUGACCGCAGAUCGCCAGUUCCAAAUCCUGCCGGAGACCAGGAAUUCCACAUGGGUUGUGCGCCCAGGGUACACUAAAUUAGAAGGGUUGCAGCCAAGGGGUCUGUAAAGCCUACAGGGAGAGGAGCGAACUGAGAUAGAAAUACACGUUGCCAAAGUUACAAAACACAAAAUUAGAUUAUCUGAAAAUAACUAGGUAAGAUAUUCAAGUGAGAGAGUGGUGUGGAGCCUUCCUCUCUUCCUUCAUCGAAUAACUAGGCAGAACGUCUUUGUUUCACCGACGGUCUUAGUUUUGACAACGACACCACCACUGACACUGAUACCAAAACCACAACAGUCACAAAUUGCCCUGCCCCUUAAUCCUGGUUGAUGUGUCAACAAUCACCUGCAAGUUAUGAGCAGUCAGCAGUUCACACACCAAGUAGGCUACUAGAAAUACAGGCAGCACUUAAAGUAGAUGGCCCUAGCUAGCAAAAAGACAGUACUAGAUAACAACAGAUUAAGACAAAAAUUAUACUUCUUCUGUAUAUAUCAAGAAUCCUCUAGCUAUAGAAUGGUUCUGGUCCCUGAACCGGUUCCAACCCCUGGUCUUAACAGACAAGGUAACCUGGGUAAAUGACUAUCGCCCUGUAGAACUCACAUCUGUAAUUAUGAAGUGCAUUGAAAGGCUGGUCAUGACACACAUCAACACCAUUGUCCCAGACACCCUGGACCCACUCCAAUUUGCAUACUGCCCCAACAGAUCCACAGAUGACGCAAUCUCAAUUGCACUUUACACUGCCCUCUCCCAUUUGGACAAGAGGGGAAAUAACUGUGUGAGACUGCUGUUCAUAGACUGCAGCUCAGCGUUCAACACCAUAGUCCCCUCCAACCCUGGGACUGAACAACUCCCUCUGCAACUAGAUCCUGGACUUCCUGAUGGGCCGGCCCCAGGAGGUGAGGGUAGGCAAAAACACAUCCGCCACCUCAAGGGUGUGUGCUUUGUCCCGACGAUGGUAGGCCUGAUCAACAAUGGCGAUGAGACAGCCUAUAGGGAGGAGGUCAGAGACUUAGCAGUGUGGUGCCAGGACAACAACCUCUCCCUCAACGUCAGUAAGACCAAGGAGGUGAUCGUGGAUUACAGGAGAAAGAGGGGAGAACACAUCCCCAUCCACAUCGACGGGGCUGUAGUGGAGCAGGUCGAGAGCUUCAUGUUCCUUGGCGCACACAUCACUAAGGACUUAACAUGGUUCACAAAUACCCGCACAGUCGUGAAGAGGGCACGAUAGCGCCUCUUCCCCCACAGGAGGCUGAAAAGAAAUGGCAGAGGCCCUCGGAUCCACAAAAAGUUAUACAGCAGCACCCCCGAGAGCAUCUUGACUGGCUGCAUCACCGCUUGGUAUGGCAAAUGCACCGUCCUCUAUCGCAAAGCGCUACAGAGGGUGGUGCGGACAACCCAGUACAUCACUGUGGGCCGAGCUCCCUGCCAUCCAGGACCUCUAUAUCAGGUGGUGUCAGAGGACGGCCCGAAAGAUUGCCAAAGACCCCAGCCACUCAAGUCAUAGACUGUUCACUCUGCUACCGUCCGGCAAACUGUACCGGAGCAUCGGAUCAAGAGACUUCGAGACAGCUUCCAUGCCCAAGCCAUAAGACUGUUAAAUAGCCAUAAGACUGGUAAAUACUUAGUCUAGGUAACCAUUUAAUUAUCUGCACUGACCCUAUCUUGCACUGACUCUACAGUGUAUAUACAGUGAAUUCGGAAAUAAUUCAGACCCCUUGACUUUUUUCACAUUUUAUUACGUUACAGCCUUAUUCUAAAAUGGAUGAAAUUUUGUUUUUUGUCUCAUCAAUCUACACACAAUACCCCAUAAUGACAAAGCAAAAAUAGGUUUUUAGAAUUUUUUGAAAAUGUAUUUUGUUUUAAACGGAAAUAUCACAUUUACAUACAGUACCAGUCAAAAGUUUGGACACACCUAUGCAAUCCGGUUUCCGAGCUGGUCAUGGGUGCACCUCAGCCACGCUCAAGGUCCUAAACUAUAUUAUAACCGUGAUCGAUAAAAGACAGUACUGCGCAGCCGUGUUCAUCGACCUGGCCAAGGCUUUCGACUCUGUCAACCACCGCAUUCUUAUUGGCAGACUAAAUAGCCUUGGUUUCUCAAAUGACUGCCUCGCCUGGUUCACCAACUACUUCUCAGAUAGAGUUCAAUGUGUCAAAUCGGAGGACCUGUUGUCUGGACCUCUGGCAGUCUCUAUGGGGGUGCCACAGGGUUAAAUUCUCGGGCCGACUCUAUUCUCGGUGUAUAUCAAUGAUGUUGCUCUUGGUGACGCUUGGAUCCACCUCUAUGCGGACGACACCAUUUUGUAUACAUCUGGCCCUUCAUUGAACACUGUGUUAACAAACCUCCAAACAAGCUUCAACGCCAUACAACACUCCUUCCGUAGCCUCCAACUGCUCUUAAACACUAGUAAAACUAAAUGCAUGCUUUUCAACCGAACGCUGCUUGCACCCGCCCACCCGACUAGAAUCACUACUCUCGGCGGGUCUGACCUAGAGUAUAUGGACAACUACAAAUACCUAAGUGUCUGGUUAGACUGUAAACUCUCCUUCCAGACUCACAUUAAGCAUCGCCAAUCAAAAGUUAGAUCUAGAAUCGGCUUCCUAUUUCGAAACAAAGCCUCCUUCACUCAUGCUGCCAAACAUGCCCUCGUAAAACUGACUAUCCUACCGAUCCUUGACUUCGGCGAUGUCAUUUACAAAAUAGCCUCCAACACUCUACUCAGCAAAUUGAAUGUAGUCUAUCACAGUGCCAUCCGUUUAGUCACCAAAGCCCCAUAUACUACCCACCAUUGUGACCUGUACGCUCUUGUUGGCUGGCCCUCACUACAUAUUCGUCGCCAAACCCACUAGCUCCAGGUCAUCUAUAAAUCACUGCUAGGCAAAUCCCCGUCUUAUCUUAGCUCACUGGUCACCAUAGCAACACCCACCCGUAGUCUGCGCUCCAGCAGGUAUAUCUCACUGGUCAUCCCCAAAGCCAACACCUCCUUUGGCCGCCAUUCCUUCCAGUUCUCUGCUGCCAAUGACUGGAACGAACUGCAAAAAUCUCUGAAGCUGGAGACUCUUAUCUCCCUCACUAACUUUAGGCGUCAGUUGUCAGAGCAGCUUACCGAUCACUGCACCUGUACACAGCCCAUCUGAAAUUAGCCCAUCCAACUUCCUCAUCCCCAUAUUGUUAUUUAUUUUGCUAACUUGCACCCCAGUAUCUCUAUUUGCACAUCAUCUUUUGCACAUCUAUCAUUCCAUUGUUAAUAUGAAAUUGUAACUAUUUUGCACUAUGGCCUAUUUAUUGCCUUACCUCCAUAAUUUACUACAUUCGCACACACUGUAUAUAUAUUUUCUGUUGUAUUUUUUACUUUAUGUUUUGUUUACCCCAUAUGUAACUCUGUGUUGUUGUUUUUAUCGCACUGCUUUGCUUUAUCUUGGCCAGGUCGCAGUUGUAAAUGAGAACUUGUUCUCAACUGGCUUACCUGGUUAAAUAAAGGUGAAAUAAAAUAAAAAAACACCUACUCAUUCCACGGUUUUUCUUAAUUUUUACUAUUUUAUAUGAAAAAACACAUGGAAUCAUGUAGUAACCAAAAAAGUGUUAAACAAAUCAAAAUAUAUAUUUUAUAUUUGAGAUUCUUCUAAGUAGCCACCCUUUCCCUUGAUGACAGCUUUGCACACUCUUGGCAUUCUCUCAACCAGCUUCAUGAGGUAGUCACCAGGAAUGCAUUUCAGUUAACAGGUGUGCCUUGUGGAAUUUAUUUUCUUCUUAAUGCGUUUGAGCCAAUCAGUUGUGUUGUGACAAGGUAGGGGGGGGCGGUAUACAGAAGAUGGCCCUAUUUGGUAAAAUACCAAGUCCAUAUUAUGGCAAGAACAGCUCAAACGAGCAAAGAGAAACGACAGUCCACCGUUACUUUAAGACAUGAAGGUCAGUCAAUCCGUAAAAUAUCAAGAACUUUGAAAGUUUCUUUUAAAGUGCAGUCACAAAAACCAUCAAGUAUUAUGAUGAAACUGGCUCUCAUGAGGACCGCCACAGGAAAGGAAGACCCAGAGUUACCUCUGCUGCAGAGGAUAAUUCCACAGAGUUAACAGCCUCAUUUUACCAAAUAGGGCCAUCUUCUGUAUACCGCCCCCCCCCCCCCCCCCAAAAAAAAACAUCAACUGUUCAGAGGAGACUGCAUGAAUCAGGACUUCAUGGUCGAAUUGCUUCAAAGAAACCACUACUAAAGGACACCAAUAAGAAGAAGAGACUUGCUUGGGCCAAGAAACACAAGCAAUGGACAUUAGACCGGUGGAUGCAGAGUAGCUGAAUGGAUGAUCUCUGCAUGUGUAGUUCCCACUGUGAAGCAUGGAGGAGGAGGUGUGAUGGUGUGGGGGUGCUUUGCUGUUGACACUGUCUGUGAUUUAUUUAGAAUUCAAGGCACACUUAACCAGCAUGUCUACCACAGCAUUCUGCAGCGAUACGCCAUCCCAUCUGUUUUGCGCUGAGUGGGACUAUCAUUUGUUUUUCAACAGGACAAUGACCCAACACACACCUCCAGGCUGUGUAAGGGGUAUUUUACCAAGAGUGAUGGAGUGCUACAUCAUAUGACCUGGCCUCCACAAUCACCCGACCUCAACCCAAUUGAAAGGGUUUGGGAUAAAUUGCAGAGUGAAGGAAAAGCAGCCAACAAGCGCUCAGCAUAUGUGGGAACUCCUUCAAGACUGUUGGAAAAGCAUUCCAAGUGAAGCUGGUUGAGAGAAUGCCAAGAGUGUGCAAAGCUGUCAUCAAGGGAAAGGGUGGCUACUUUGAAGAAUCUAAAAUCUAAAAUCUAUUUUGAUUUGUUUAACACUUUUUUGGUUACCACAUGUUUCCAUAUGUGUUAUUUCAUAGUUUUGAUGUCUUCACUAUUAUUCUACAAUAUAGAAAAUAGUAAAAAUAAAGAAAAACCCUUGAAUGAGUAGGUGAAUCCAAACAUAUGACUGGUACUGUAAUUAUUCAGACCUUUUAACUCAGUACUUUGUUAAAUGUUCAGUCUCUGGAUGGGCCACUCAAGGACAUUCAGAGACUUGUCCCAAAGACACUCCUGCGUUGUCUUGGAUGUGUGCUUAGGGCCGUCUGAGGUCCUGAGUGUUCUGGAGCAGAUUUUCAUCAAGGAUCUCUCUGUACUUUGCUCUGUUCAUCUUUCCCUCGAUCCUGACUAGUCUCCAAGUCCCUGCCGCUGAAAAACAUCCCCACAGCAUGAUGCUGCCACCACUAUGCUUCACUGUAGGGAUGGUGCCAGGUUUCCUUCAGACAUGACCCUCGGCAUUCAGGCCAAAUAGUUAAAUCUUGGUUUCACCAGACCAGAGAAUCGUGUUUCUCAGGGUCUAAGAGUCCUUUAGGUGCUUUUUGCAAACUCCAAGCGAGCUGUCAUGUGCCUUUAACUGAGGAGUGGCUUCCGUCUGGCCACUCUACCAUAAAGGCCUAUUUGGUAGAGUGCUGCAGAGAUGGUUAUCCUUCUGGAAGGUUCUCCCAUCUCCACAGAGGAACUCUGGAGCUCUGUCAGAGUGACCAUUGGGUUCUUGGUCACCUCCCUGACCAAGGCCGUUCUCCCCCGAUUGCUCAGUUUGGCCGGGCGGCCAGCUCUAGGAAGAGUCUUGGUGGUUCCAAACAUCUUCCAUUUAAGAUUGAUGGAGUCCACUGUGUUAUUGGACCUUCAAUGCUGCAGAAAUGUUUUGGUACCCUUCCCCGGAUCUGUGCCUCGACACAAUCCUGUCUCGGAGCUCUACGGACAAUUCCUUCGACCUCCAUGGCUUGGUUUUUGCUCUGACAUGUACUGUCAACUGUGGGACCUUAUAUAGACAGAUGUGUGCCUUUUCAAAAUCUUGUCCGAUCAAUUGAAUUUACCACAGGUAGACUCCAAUCAGGUUGUAGAAACAUCUCAAGGAUGAUCAAUGGAAGCAGGAUGCACCUGAGCUCAAUUUCGAGUCUCAUAGCAAAGGGUCUGAAUACUUAUGUAAAUAAGGUAUUUCUGUUUUUUACUUUUAAUACAUUUUCAAAAAUGUAAAAACCUGUUUUCGCUUUGUCAUUAUGGGGUAUUGUGUGUAGAUUGAUGAGUAAAACAAUUAUAUAAUAUAUUUUAGAAUAAGGCUGUAAUGUAACAAAAUGUGGAAAAAGUCAAGGGGUCUGAAUACUUUCCUAAUGCACUGUACACACUAUAUAAACACUCACUCACACACACUUCACUGCCACUCUCACUCAAAACCCACCCACAUUCACAUUCACAUACACUACAUACACACACCUUUACACUCACCAUAUGCUGCUGCUUCUCUGUUCUUUAUUUGACUCUUAUUAUUUUCUAUCCUGAUGCCUAGUCACUUUACCCUGUCUUCAUGUACAUAUCUACCUCAAAUACCUCGUACCCCUGCACAUUGAUCUGGUACAGGUACUCUCUGUAUAUACUGUAGCUCCAUUAAUGUGUAUUUUAUUCCUCUUUUGUUUCUAUUUCUCUUUUUAUUAUAAUUUUUUUACUCUGCAUCGUUGAGAAGGGCUCGUAAGAAAGCAUUUCACAGUAAAGUCUACAGCCAUUGAAUUAGGCGCGUGUGACAAAUAAAAUAUGAUUUGAUUUGACUGUCCUUCAAUCCAAAUGGCUAGUUUUGUUCUCCUUAGUGAUCCACUUGACCAUGAGAAAUCCCAUCAUCAGUCUGUGUUUGUUUUCUGUUCCUCCCCUAGGGACACGUUGAUUGUCUCCUUAGCUAACUCCGCCACCAGUAUCCUGGCUGGCGUUGUGAUAUUUUCAGCCAUUGGCUACAUGGCUCAUAUCCACAACCUCUCAGUAGACAACAUCGCCACAGAUGGUAAGUACUUCCUGUUCAAGUGGGACUUCUUUGAUGUUGGUCAUCCAUCUGUUUAAAUGCCUGUUUAAUUUCCAGAGUGGCUAUUUCAUGUUUGGAUGGGUUAUUGUCUCCUAAAACUUCCUCUCAUGGUCCAGGAGAUCAUGAUUCUUCACAUCCUUUUAACCACUAAGUUUGUUAAUACCUUGAAGAGUGUUAAUUUGUCAUAGUCAGUAGGUAUUGGUAACGUGCCAUAGUAAUACCACCACCAAAUAACUUCACCAUUGACAGAUGGAUGUUUAGUGCAGUAUGUGUAGUGGGUAUAUAGGGAAGUAUGUCAAACAUGACCCAUAUAUUCUUGGGAAUAACUCUUGGGAAUAAUACCCAUAAAAGUCCAAAUGAGUUCAGAAGCAUCACCUUCCUCAUUUAAUUAGUUCCUGGAAAACGUACAAGGGCACAGAGUAGAAUACAAAGGAAUUCAUUCACAAGGAUGCACUUCUCUCUGGGGUGCUAGUGUGGAAAACUACAGCGUUUGGAGGGAGUGUUUUUGUAGAGGCAGACAGUGUCCUCCCUACCUGGCAGGCAGGCCGGCGGCAGGGAGGCAGGUGGAGCUCAGAGGGCUGGGCCAGGCUGCAUCACACUGGUUUGAGUCCCAGUAAUCUCUCCUUUCUCCUGAAGUGUGCACUUGUUCACUUCCCUUCAUGGAUUUGAAUGGAAAUGACUUGUACAUAGAAAACUCCAUUUAGCCCAUGUCUACACCAAUCUAAUGCUUUUAAAUGUUUGUGGAGUAGUGAAUGAGUGCACACUUCAGGAAGAAGGAGAGAUUAUUUUGUGUGUCACCAGGGCUUCCAAAGUGUCACCAGGGCUUCCAAAGUAGUUUCUGUCAUGACCCGUGUAAAGACAUUUGUAUCAACAGAACAGUAUUUAUAGCCUCAGUCCUAUCCUAAGCUGUGACCCAAUAGGAAUUUCCCAUACUACAAUUUGGGAAACGGGAUUUGGUGAGGCUCUAAAAUACACACAGAUAAUUUUGGAAAUAUGAAAAAAAAUCUAUAUACAUUUAUAAAGGAUGCAUUAGUCACUGCUGACUUGUGGAGUGGGUUGUUCGUCCCCCAGUAAAUUGAGAACAAGAAGCGGUCAAGAAAUUAACAUUUUUAAAAUGAACCCUUUCUAUUUCGCUCUCUCGCUCUCGCUCUCUCUGCUAUCAUUUAACAGGUGAACAGUGUGACUUACAUUUACAUUUUAGUCAUUUAGCAGACGCUCUUAUCCAGAGCGACUUACAGUUAGUGCAUACAUUACAAAUAUUUUUUUUCUCAUACCCCCCGUGGGACUUAUUUGACUUAUGUGAAAAGAGGCAUCAAUAGUGACUGUUAUCCCCCCCCCCCCUCCCUCUUCUCUCAGACAGAAUACCAUAACUACUGUACUGGUUAUAGGGAUAGACAAUGGAUUAAGAGAUGAAAGUGCUCGCUCUUUCUCACCACAAGUGUUUAUUACUGGCUCAAUAUUAUGGAUUAUCAAGUAGUUAUUUCAUGAAUGAGAGUGUCAUUGUCGAUGAAUAACCAGGACAGAAAAUACCCAGCAAACCGGGAACAUUAGCUAAGAUUCCCAUUAAUGUUCUGGGAAACUUUCACAGAACCUACUUUGGUUUGUUGGGUAGUAACUAAGUAAAUAACCACUAAGUCUUUCUAAUCAUAGACAGUAGGACAAGAUGGUGCCCUGAAUAGUGGAUGUCUACCUACCACUUGGACGUCUACCUCUAGGAUUUUGUUCAAAAAUAAUACUGUAUUAUAUCUGAAAUGAAAGGUGAAUUAAACUUGGAUGAGCUUGAGGUGAACUGUAGGUGUAACAGCAAACGUUUCCAUUGUUCACACAGUGUAUUAGGACCUUUUUGUAGAAAGUAAAUUUGGGGUUAGCCAUUGUGCCUGCUGGACUCUGCUGAUAAGCACCUGCUCAGGCUUGGAUCAGUCCCAAAUUUUUUAUUUUUUUUUCACCUUUAUUUAACCAGGUAAGCCAGUUGAGAACAGGUUCUCAUUUACAACUGCGACCUGGCCAAGAUAAAGCAAAGUAGUGCAAUAAAAACAACACAGAGUUACAUAUGGGGUAAAAAAAACAUAAAGUCAGAAAUACAACAGAAAAUAUAUAUACAGUGUGUGCAAAUGUAGCAAGUUAUGGAGGUAAGGCAAUAAAUAGGCUAUAGUGCAGAAUAAUUACAAUAGUAUUAACACUGGAAUGCUAGAUGUGCAAGAGAUUAUGUGCAAAUAGAGAUACUGGGGUGCAAAAGAGCAAAUUAAAUAACAAUAUAGGGAUGAGGUAGUUGGGUGGGCUAAUUUCAGAUGGGCUGUGUAAAGGUGCAGUGAUCGGUAAGGUGCUCUGACAACUGAUGCUUAAAGUUAUUGGGGGAGAUAAGAGUCUCCAGCUUCAGAGAUUUUUGCAAUUCGUUCCAGUCAUUGGCAGCAGAGAACUGGAAGGAAUGGCGGCCAAAGGAGGUGUUGGCUUUGGGAAUGACCAGUGAGAUAUACCUGCUGGAGCGCAGACUGCGGGUGGGUGCUGCUAUGGUGACCAAUGAGCUAAGAUAAGGCGGGGAUUUGCCUAGCAGUGAUUUAUAGAUGGCCUGGAGCCAGUGGGUUUGACGACGAACAUGUAGUGAGGACCAGCCAACAAGAGCGUACAGGUCACAGUGGUGGGUAGUGUAUGGGGCUUUGGAGACAAAACGGAUGGCACUGUGAUAGACUACAUCCAAUUUGCUGAGUAGAGUGUUGGAGGCUAUUUUGUAAAUGACAUCGCCGAAGUCAAGGAUCGGUAGGAUAGUCAAUUUUACGAGGGCAUGUUUGGCAGCAUGAGCGAAGGAGGCUUUGUUGCGAAAUAGGAAGCCGAUUCUAGAUUUAACUUUGGAUUGGAGAUUCUUUAUGUGAGUCUGGAAGUUGAGUUUACAGUCUAACCAGACACCUAGAUAUUUGUAGUUGUCCACAUACUCUAGGUCAGACCCGUCGAGAGUGGUGAUUCUAGUCGGGUGGGCGGGUGCUAGCAGCGUUCGAUUGAAAAGCAUGCAUUUAGUUUUACUAGUGUUUAAGAGCAGUUGAAGGCUACUGAAGGAUUGUUGUAUGGCAUUGAAGCUCGUUUGGAGGUUUGUUAACACAGUGUCCAAUGAAGGGCCAGAUGUAUACAAAAUGGUGUCGUCUGCGUAGAGGUGGAUCUGAGAGUCACCAGCAGCAAGAGCGACAUCAUUGAUAUACACGGAGAAAAGUGUCGGCCCAAGAAUUGAACCCUGUGGCACCCCCAUAGAGACUGCCAUAGGUCCAGACAACAGGCCCUCCGAUUUGACACACUGAACUCUAUCUGAGAAGUAGUUGGUGAACCAGGCGAGGCAGUCAUUUGAGAAACCAAGGCUAUUUAGUCUGCCAAUAAGAAUGCGGUGGUUGACAGAGUCGAAAGCCUUGGCCAGGUCGAUGAAGACGGCUGCACAGUACUGUCUAUUAUCAAUCGCGGUUAUAAUAUCGUUUAGGACCUUGAGCGUGGCUGAAGUGCACCCGUGACCAGCUCGGAAACCGGAUUGCAUAGCGGAGAAGGUACGGUGGUAUUCGAAAUGGUCGAUGAUCUGUUUGUUAACUUGGCUUUCGAAUACUUUCGAAAGGCAGGGCAGGAUGGAUAUAGGUCUGUAGCAGUUUGGAUCUAGAGUGUCACCCCCUUUGAAGAGGGGGAUGACCGCGGCAGCUUUCCAAUCUCUGGGGAUCUCAGACGUUAUGAAAGAGAGGUUGAACAGACUAGUAAUAGGGGUUGCGACAAUUUCGGCGGCUAGUUUUAGGAAGAAAGGGUCCAGAUUGUCUAGCCCAGCUGAUUUGUAGGGGUCCAGAUUUUGCAGCGCUUUCAAAACAUCAGCUGUCUGAAUUUGUGUGAAGGAGAAGCGGGGGGGGCAUGGGCAAAUUGCAGCAGAGGGUGCAGAGUUGGUGGCCGGGUUAGUGGUAGCCAGAUGGAAAGCAUGGCCAGCUGUAGCAAAAUGCUUGUUGAAAUUCUCGAUUAUUGUAGAUUUAUCGGUGGUGAUAGUGUUUCCUAGCCUCAGUGCAGUGGGCAGCUGGGAGGAAGUGCUCUUAUUCUCCAUGGACUUUACAGUGUCCCAAAACUUUUUGGAGUUAGUGCUACAGGAUGCAAAUUUCUGUUUGAAAAAGUUAGCCUUUGCUUUCCUGACUGCUUGUGUAUAUUGGUUCCUAACUUCCCUGAAAAGUUGCAUAUCGCGGGGGCUAUUUGAUGCUAAUGCUGUACGCCACAGGAUGUUUUUGUGCUGGUCAAGGGCAGUCAAGUCUGAGGAGAACCAGGGGCUAUAUCGGUUCUUAGUUCUGUAUUUUUUGAAUGGGGCAUGUUUAUUUAAGAUUGAGAGGAAAUUACUUUUAAGGAACAACCAGGCAUCCUCUACUGACGGAAUGAGAUCUAUAUCCAUCCAGGAUACCUGGGCCAGGUCAAUUAGGAAGGCCUCCUCGCUAAAGUGUUUUAGGGAGCGUUUGACAGUGAUGAGGGGUGGUCGUUUGACCGCGGACCCGUUACGGACGCAGGCAAUAAGGCAGUGAUCGCUGAGAUCCUGGUUGAAGACAGCUGAGGUGUAUUUAGAGGGUAUAUUAGUCAGGAUGAUAUCUAUGAGGGUACCCAUGUUUAAGGAUUUAGGGUUGUACCUGGUAGGUUCGUUGAUAAUUUGCGUGAGGUUGAGGGCAUCUAGCUUGGAUUGUAGGAUGGCUGGGGUAUUAAGCAUGUCCCAAUUUAGGUCACCAAGCAGUACAAACUCAGAGGAUAAAUGGGGGGCAAUCAAUUCACAUAUGGUGUCCAGGGCACAGCUGGGGGCUGAGGGGGGUCUGUAGCAAGCGGCAACAGUGAGAGACUUAUUUCUGGAAAGGUGGAUUUUUAGAAGUAGAAGCUCAAACUGUUUGGGCACAGACCUGGAUAGUAUGAUAGAGCUCUGCAGGCUAUCUCUACAGUAGAUUGCAACUCCACCCCCUUUGGCAGUUCUAUCUAGACGGAAAAUGUUAUAGUUGGGGAUGGAAAUUUCAGAAUUUUUGGUGGCCUUCCUGAGCCAGGAUUCAGACACUGCUAGAACAUCAGGGUUGGCAGAGUGUGCUAACGCAGUGAAUAACUCAAACUUAGGAAGUAGACUUCUGAUAUUUAUGUGCAAGAAACCAAGACUUUUGCGAUUACAGAAGUCAACAAAUGAUAGCUCCUGGGGAGUAGGAGUGAUACUGGGGGCUACAGGGCCUGGGUUAGCCUCUACAUCACCAGAGGAACAGAGGAGGACUAGAAUAAGGAUACGGCUAAAGGCUUUAAGAACUGGUCUUCUAGUGCGUUGGGUACAAAGAAUAAAGGGGGCAGAUUUCCGGGUGUUAUAGAAAAGAUUCAGGGCAUUAUGAACAGACAAGGAUAUGGAAGGAUAUGAGUAAAGUGGAGGUAAACCUAAGCGUUGGGUGACACUGAAAGAGAUAGUAUCUCUAGAGGCAUCAAUUGAGUCGGUCUCUGAAUGUAUGGGUGGAGGGACAAAGGAGCUAACCAAGGCAGGUUUAGCUAGGCUGGGGGGUCUACAGUGAUAUAGUACAAUUAGAAAUAACCUAAACAACAAUAAACUAACCAUGUUUGGGCUGAGGCUAAACAUAAACAGGAUGUAGUACCGUAAAAAGGAACAGUCCAGCAGAUAUCAGCUGUAUAGCUGAGUUAUCGUAAGGUCCGGUGGUGAAGUGCUAGUGAGUAAGAGGCCACGGCUAGCGUGUGCUACGUCCGUUUUGUUGUAGCCAGCUGGUAGCGAUGAAUCUGGAGUUAAAGGUCCAGUCUUGGAUAAAUAUGGUCUUGGAUACCGCUGACUCACUGCUGACUAAAUGUUUUGACACCCACUGACCUCUGGUGACUUCAGAAGUGUUCACAGUGUUCAGUUGUCUGCGAGUGAAUCAUUUAUUGUGGAAGAUGACUUAUGAUGAAUGAUUAGAUCGUUUUUUCCCCCAUUCCAAGCAUGACACUUCCUCAGGUAAUUGUGAAUGGAAUGAAACCGACCCAGAUAUCUUUAUAACAUCACCAUUGCUAUCAUCUUACUGUAUGCCACAAUUUUUCCUUAAUGUAACAUGUUUUUUGUUAGGUCAUAAUACUGAUGAGUUUAACCGCAUGAAUUAUUGAAGUCUUUUGAGGGUGGGUAAGGUGUCCCGCGUACCUUGUUUUGUUAUUGAACGCUUUGAUUUCCUAGUGUCGGAUGAGAUAACCACUGGUUAAUCUGUGCCUGGGAAACCGGUUCAUUAAUACAAUGUUUCCAAUUUGGCAUCUUUGGCCUUGUCAACUUCUAAACCAGUGACUUCACCAGUGCUAAUGUUGUGGGUGUUUUCUUACCCUUCUUGUUUGACACCCUAUGGUGCAUGUGUGUUUGUGUGCCACAGGUCCUGGGUUGGUGUUUGUGGUGUAUCCAGAGGUCUUCUCCACUAUGCCUCUGCCCCAGUUGUGGGCUCCUCUGUUCUUCUUAAUGCUUCUCUGCCUGGGACUGGACAGUCAGGUUAGACAUGCACGCACACACACACACACACACACACACACGCUUGUGGUUAUGGUAUGAAGCCGAUAAUGAAAAGAAGAAGCCACUCUCUCAUACUUAAUUAUAGUUUUCAGUGCACAUGUUUUUCCCAUAUCAGUGCAUACAGUGUAACGAUAAUAUACCCACUAAAUAACAUGUUUCUGUCAUAGUCGUCGUGUUUUUCUUUAGUCGUCAUGUAAUCUAUUUUCAGAGACCACUUUUGGUAAAAAACAGACAUUGUAGGUCAUACAACAAUUACAAUACCUUUUAAUAUUUAUUUAGAUUGAUUACAUUUGACAUUUACAUUUGAGUCAUUUAGCAGACGCUCUUAUCCAGAGCAUUUAGGGUCAAAUGCCUUGCUCAAGGGCACAACAACAGAUUGUUCACCUAGUUGGCUCUUGGAUUUGAACCAGCGUCCUUUCGGUUACUGAACCAACACUCUUAACUGCUAGGCUGACAGAUGAGGGAAGAGAGGAAGCAGGGCCGCCGGCAAACGUGUGGCGAGCAGGCAUUUGCCCAACCACUUUUGAUUUGGUUUAAUACACUUUUUUUGGAUGUAAAAGUGUUGAGAACAGGGACAAAGUAGGCCUACUGUUUUUUUUUUUUUGACUGACUUGCCUCAUAAUUUGUCAACUUGAGCACAAUUAGUAGUCUGUCCUUCUCAUCAGAGUGCUGCAGGUUGUGUGUGUGUGUGUGUGUCUUGACCAAUAAGAUUCACAGAAAUCACAGGUUGGACAUGGCGCACGUCUAUAGAAAGCAGAGCUCGCUACUCCACAUUCCUCCGGUAUUAUUUUAGCAAACAGGAAAAUAACUCACUCCCGACAUACACAAGCUAAAACUUUUUACAGAAGUGUUGUAGCAGCCUACACGUAAACAUUAGCAAUCGGUUUGACCAACUGUAGCCUACCUAUGCGCCCUGUCCCAUCUGGCCAGGGGAAACAAAGUGGUAAUGUUAUGUAUUUAUAGUGUAAAAAUUUGUUUUAUAUUCAAACUUUGGUUGGCUAGGCCAUUUUUAAUACAAAAUUAUUGACUGGAAUUAUUCAAAUCAACAAAUAGUGAUGACAUAGGUAGACUGUGUUAAUGAACUUUAUGCAAAUCCUCCGAUAUAUCGCGGCGUGAGUGACCAAUCGAAGUUCACCAUACCUUCCAGCUCCUACUGGAUUGGUUGACAAUUGCUGUUGAUACCUAGCACUACCUAGCCUUCUUGCUAGGUGAAUACCGCUUGUAAAGUAAAUCCCCCCCUUGUGAGAGCAAUAAAAUCAGGUGGCUCACACUCUCCACGCCCUAACCAAAAGUUACGCUUCCAGUGUAGCAGGUAAAGGAAACAGACCGCUUUUGCGACGCCCCAGUGUAGAUAUGUUAGGCUACUGGAAUUUUUUGCAGUUUGGUUGUUUUCAGUUUUUUUUAAAUCCCUUGCCUAAUGGAACAAACACAGAGCAGGCUCAACUUUUCCGACUGCCAUAAAUGCCAUAAAUUGUCAGUCUUUCACUUAAACAAUGGGGGUGAAUGAGAAAGAUCCGUUUUAGGAUAGGCCUAGUGGAAUUCCUUACAGUUUUGUUGUUUUCAUAAAAAUAAAUCACCUGGGGCAACUUUAGAGCAGGCUCAACUGCCCGACUGCUCAGUUAAUUUUCUCCAGGCAUAGGGAAAACCUGAAGGUCCCUGCUACAUCUAGGUUCCAGAGUUUUACAUGCAGGUUAGGGCUGUUGCGGUGACCGUAUUACCGCCACACCGGUGGUCACGAGUCAUAAAGGCAGUCAGAUUCCACGUGACCGUUUAGUCACGGUAAUUAGGCUUCUCCAAGCUCUGAUGCUGCUGAUGGUCAUUAGUAGCCUACCAAACUUGCUAACUGCCUGGUACUCAGCACUAUAUUGUCCCUCUAAUCAUUCUGACAUCAAUGCAAAUGCCUUCGAAAAUCUAAUCAAACACUUCAUGUGAGCUCAUUUUGCGCAACAUUUCAAUAGGCUAUGCAAUUGCACGAGAAAACCGAGUGAUGUCCUCUACUAAAAAGAGGAGGAUCCCAUCAGCUUUCUAUAGGCUAGGCCUACUAUUUAUUUCUCAACUUUCCUAAUAUUAAGCACAUUGCUUAUAUUUACAACAGGAGGAUAGCCUACCUGGCUGGCAUGAAAAUAAACCACGGGGAAAAGCAUUCUCCAUUCGCUAUUUAAGUGCAUAGAUGACAUGUAUUUUUUCCCGCUGCCCCUGUUUCGAUACAGGUGCAUGAUAAUGGUCCAUUCUAAAUAAAAACAAAUUUAAUACAUAUAUUAUUUAGUAUAUGUAAAGACAAGAUUAAAUCAAGAAUAGUCUGAUGGGUGACAAUAUUAGCCUAUCACUUGUGAAUGAUAAUAUAUCAUUCACAAGUGAUAAUAUAUCAUUCACAAGUGAUAAUAUAUCACUUGUGAAUGAUGCCCAGCAUAAGAAACAAUGUCUUUUUUUUGUGUGACCUUUUUCGAAUCAUAGUCACACACCUCCGUCAUUGUAAAUAAGAAUUUGUUCUUAACUGACUUGCCUAGUUAAAUAAAGGUUAAAUAAAAAAAAUACAAAUACAUGUAGCCUAGCCGAUAGGCCUAUAUGUUUUAAUAAGGAUUGUAUCACAACUAAAGUGGCCAAAUAACUUCUUAAAAUUAAGCACAUUCAUCCGCUUUACAAGGGGUGUAGAGCCUAACUGGCAUACAUAAGCAGCGUGUGAGUUUCAUGUUUGGGAAAGAUAAUUUUCACCAUAAAAAUGAACCUUGAUAAUAAAAGCAUUACAUGCAUAAUUGCAUUUGCAGUCACUUUUGAUAAUGGUGUUUUCCACUAUUGGAACAUUCGCGCUUAUAGCCUACUACCAUGUGCGCAUUGCUGCGCUUAUAAUGUAAAGAAAUAGCCUAAUAGUUUAUCAACAUUUUAAGCUAAACGUUCUGAUCUGUUGUGUCAGCCACAUUCCAAACAUGUUUUUGGGGAUGCUAGAGGUUGUAUUAAUUUGUAUUAAUUUGGGAUCUAUCGCAUCCCACAACAUGUUGGAAUAUUUAUUUCUCGCACAGAUUAGAAGAGGUCGACUUUUGUACUAUGGGGGAUAGUAGAUUGACAUAGGCUAGUGCGUUUGCUGUUCGUUAGGCCUCCUCAUCUUGUUGGCUGAUGAAAAGUAAAUGUGGACAGUUCUUCCAAUAUCUUCAAUAUGCACCUCGGAAUUGGAUAAGGACGCGCGCAGUUGCGUCCCGAUGUGUCUGUCUUCACUUAUAGCCUGUGAGAAAGACCCGAUCAUGUGAUGGAGCGCGCAGCACUCAGAGAGAAGGGCACAACGGCCACUGGCAGCAAAAGGCAUGGAUGUUUUUAGGGUGCAUUACGGCCACAGAAAGGGGAUGCCGCCGUGAAAUUCUAGGCAUUAUCAAGUGCUUGUCAAAUUGGGAAUGAGAGACUGAGUGUGUACAGCCUGCGCAAAAAAUAAAGCAGAGCUCAUGCAUUUCAAGUGACUUUUUUCUAAUCAUCAUUAGAGUCGCAUCAUGCAACCUUACAAUGUAUUAAAAAUCAAAACAUAUAUCCCAACGUUUGUAGAACAACUAAAGUUACAUUAAUUACUCUAAAUUAAGCAUAUAGGAGUACAUAUUUAUUUGUUAACAGCUCAACACAGAAUAACCGCAUGUGCGGCAUUCCCUCAAAUCGUUAGGAGAAAAUGUCCUUUCUAUUUUAUUCAGAUAUGUUUAAUUGUAUUCUUAAUACUAUAAAAUAAUGCCACGGAAUUCUAAGCAAAUCUUGUCUGCUAAAUGAACUAGUGUAGCCCAAAGCCAUUUGACAUAGCCAGAUCAGGAUCUAACAUAAGGACAACUCAGAGUAUGCUAUUCUGUUCUUCUGAAAUAGACUACAUUUUCUUCAUAUUAUGCUUCUUUAGACUUGUCUAAAAUAAAUAAUGGAUUUAUUGUGAUGGUGUAGGCUAUAUUACAUGGAUUUAUUAUACUUUUUUUAAUGUAGAUGUUCCAAAGGUCUGCAUCAGUGGCUUGUAGGCUAUGUGUGGAAGCCAGGACAUGCUAAAUGUGUUUGUUAAUUAACGGUCUAUUACUGUGAGACCGACAGUUAUUUGCUGCAGGUAACCAUCAGUAGAGAAAAAAACUGACCAGGGAAUUGAAACCUGACCUCGGGUGUAUUUCACAGUUGUCAGUGUUACCACUAAACCAAACUCUGACACAGGCUAUGUUUGUGCAUUUUAUUGUUUUAUUUGUUUAUCAUAGAAUACACAGGAAGCAAUUCUUCCUCAAAGCUAAAGGGUUAGUGAGUUCAAAGUGUUGAAAUCACAUAACAAUACCAGAGAUAUCAAUGGAUAUUUGCUGUUUUUACAUUACACUACCCAAAAACAGGCGCCUGUCUCAAACCUAGAUCGGUGUAAAUUUACGCUGUACUGUACUGUGCCCUACAGUUUGCCAUGGUGGAGGUGGCGGUGACGUCCAUAAUGGACGGCUGUGGCCCCAAGGUGCUGCGUGUCCUGAAGAGACAGGAGAUCAUCGUUCUGGCUGUCUGUGUUAUCGGCUUUCUUCUAGGCAUUCCUCACAUCACUAAGGUAAGGUGAUCCUGUCAGAUAUUAUUACUAUCCUUUGGGUAACGCCCCUUCUAUCUCUCUAUCUCUGACUUAGACAGCAUACUCAUGUUUUGACCUGUUUUAUUUUGGUUUCUGUCAGUAGACGACUAAGACACAUACAGCCAGUAAGCAGUGCAUGGUUGACCAGCUGAUUCUCUGUCUUGUGGAGUGGGUUGCUUUUUCCCCAGUAAAUUGAGAACAAGAUGCCGUCAGGAAAUUAACCUUUUAAAAUUAAACCUCACUCUCACUCUCUCUCACACACACAUACACACACACAGGGGGGCAUGUAUGUGUUCCAGCUGAUGGACCACUACACUGCUGUGGUGUCUCUCAUGUUCCUGGCCUUCUUUGAGGUCCUCGCUGUCUGCUGGGUUUUUGGUAACACUCUAAUCUACCCUUUAUGAUGAACUUUAACAGCCUGAAAAUUACUUGGUUCUUACAGGAAUUGAUUACAUAUAACAUCCUAAUUAUGUUGUGUAUUUACACAAGGAAUAAAACCCACUUUGCUCUAUAGAUAGUAUGUAUGUAUGUCUCGGAGUAAAUGUAAGUAUUUAAUACAAUGUGUUAUUGCAGGACUGCGGCGGAUGACCAUCAUGGUCAAGAGGAUGUUGGGAAAGGCUCCCAACAUCUAUUUCUGCUCCUGCUGGAUGUUCUUCUCCCCUGUGCUGGUCCUGGUGAGUGCUAUGGCUGACUCAUGUUUUUAUGAUGGUGAUGAUGAGGACAAUAAGCAUAAUGAUGACGGUGGUGAGGAUUUGUUGUGGUUUGUAGUUGUUUUACUUUUUGUAGUCAUAAUAGUAGUGAUAGUUGUACCUAAGACUUCAUGAUCCUUUCAUUGUAUUAGAGUUUUCAUCCAAGCCUAACCUCCUCUCCCCUGCAGUGCAUUCUGAUCUCCAGCAUCGUCCAGUACACACCAGCUCGCUAUGGGAAGUCAUACACAUACCCUGUCUGGGCAGAGGUGGUGGGCUGGGGAAUCUCCCUGGUCUCCAUCAUUUGGAUCCCCCUGGGAGCCCUGCAAGAGAUCUGCAGAAAUAAGGGCACACUGAUGCAGGUGAGCAUCCGUUCAGUAAACCAAACCAAACACGCAUACUGAUACAUACAUACCGUGAGGAAAAAAAAGUAUUUGAUCCCCUGCUGAUUUUGUACGUUUGCCCACUGACAAAUAAAUUAUCAGUCUAUCAUUUUAAUGGUAGGUUUAUUUGAACAGUGAGAGACAGAAUAACAACACAAAAAUCCAGAAAAACGCAAAAAUGUUAUAAAUUGAUUUGCAUUUUAAUGAGGGAAAUAAGUAUUUGACCCCCUCUCAACCAGAAAGAUUUUUGGCUCCCAGGUGUCUUUUAUACAGGUAAUGAGCUGAGAUUAGGAGCACACUCUUAAAGGGAGUGCUCCUAAUCUCAUCUUGUUACCUGUAUAAAAUACACCUGUCCACAGAAGCAAUCAAUCAAUCAGAUUCCAAACGCUCCACCAUGGCCAAGACCAAAGAGCUCUCCAAGGAUGUCAGGGACAAGAUUGUAGACCUACACAAGGCUGGAAUGGGCUACAAGACCAUCGCCAAGCAGCUUGGUGAGAAGGUGACAACAGUUGGUGCGAUUAUUCGCAAAUGGAAGAAACACAAAAUAACUGUCAAUCUCCCUCGGCCUGGGGCUCCAUGCAAGAUCUCACCCCGUGGAGUUGCAAUGAUCAUGAGAACGGUGAGGAAUCAGCCCAGAACUACACGGGAGGAUCUUGUCAAUGAUCUCAAGGCAGCUGGGACCAUAGUCACCAAGAAAACAAUUGGUAAUACACUACGCCGUGAAGGACUGAAAUCCUGCAGCGCCCGCAAGGUCCCCCUGCUCAAGAAAGCACAUAUACAGGCCCGUCUGAAGUUUGCCAAUGAACAUCUGAAUGAUUCAGAGGAGAACUGGAUGAAAGUGUUGUGGUCAGAUGAGACCAAAAUCGAGCUCUUUGGCAUCAACUCAACUCGCCGUGUUUGGAGGAGGAGGAAUGCUGCCUAUGACCCCAAGAACACCAUCUCCACCAUCAAACAUGAAGGUGGAAACAUUAUGCUUUGGGGGUGUUUUUCUGCUAAGGGGACAGGACAACUUCACCGCAUCAAAGGGACGAUGGACGGGGCCAUGUACCGUCAAAUCUUGGGUGAGAACCUCCUUCCCUCAGCCAGGGCAUUGAAAAUGGGUCGUGGAUGGGUAUUCCAGCAUGACAAUGACCCAAAACACACGGCCAAGGCAACAAAGGAGUGGCUCAAGAAGAAGCACAUUAAGUUCCUGGAGUGGCCUAGCCAGUCUCCAGACCUUAAUCCCAUAGAAAAUAAUAUGCCAUUUAGCAGACGCUUUUAUCCAAAGCGACUUACAGUCAUGCAUGCAUAAUUUUUUUAUUUAUUUUGUGUAUGGGUGGUCCCGGGGAAUCUGUGGAGGGAGCUGAAGGUUCGAGUUGCCAAAUGUCAGCCUCGAAACCUUAAUGACUUGGAGAAGAUCUGCAAAGAUGAGUGGGACAAAAUCCCUCCUGAGAUGUGUACAAACCUGGUGGCCAACUACAAGAAACGUCUGACCUCUGUGAUUGCCAACAAGGGUUUUGCCACCAAGUACUAAGUCAUGUUUUGCAGAGGGGUCAAAUACUUAUUUCCCUCAUUAAAAUGCAAAUCAAUGUAUAACAUUUUUGACAUGAGUUUUUCUGGAUUUCUUUGUUGUUAUUCUGUCUCUCACUGUUCAAAUAAACAUAGCAUUAAAAUUAUAGACUGAUCAUUUCUUUUGUCAGUGGGAAAACGUACAAAAUCAGCAGGGGAUCAAAUACUUUUUUCCCUCACUGUACGUAUAGCUCACAGAUACUGUUUUAGCAUCAUGCAUACAUACUGAACACGUAUACUGGUACUCACACAUAUACACACACACAGUCACGCACACACAGAAAUCAAUAAAUCAAAUGUAUUUUAUAAAGCAUUUUUUUACAUGAGCAGUUGUCAGUGCUUUACAGAUAACCAGCCUAAAACCCCAAAGAGCAAGCAAUGCAGAUGCAGAAGCACAGUGGCUAGGAGAAACUCCCUAGAAAGGCAGAAACCUAGAGAGAAACCAGGCUCCGAGGGGUGGCCAGUCCUCUUCUGCCUGUGCCGGGUAGAGAUUAUAAGAGUACAUGGCCAUUAAGACCAGAUCGUUCUUCAAACGUUCAUAGGUGACGAGCAGGGUCAAAUAAUAACCACAGUGGUUAUAGAGGAUGCAGCAGUUCAACACCUCAGGAGUAAAUGUCAGUCGGCUUUUCAUAGCGAGCAUUCAGAGGUUGAGACAGCAAGUGUGGGAGAGAGAGCAAGAGAAAGAGUCGAAACAGCAGGUCCGGGAGAAUGUAGCACGUCCGGUGAAAUAGGUCAGGGUUCCAUAGCCGCAGGCAGAACAGCAGAACUGGAUCGGCAGCACGACCGGGGGGGGGGGGGGGGGACUGCGGACAGGGACAGCCAUGAGUCGUCAGACCAGGUAGUCCUGAGGCACGGUCCUAAGGCUCCGGUCCUCUGGGAGAGGAGCCCUAAAGAGGAAGAGAGAGAGACAGACAGAUAUAUUUGAUACUGUACGUUCUAUCACACAUGGCAGUCAUAUACAUAACUAAAAUGCAUGGGAAAUACAUUCUGGGCAUUGGCAGAAACCGUAGAAGUUAAACUAUGUCUGUGACUCUGAACUUCUUCUUUUAUCGAUUCUCUGUGCCCUCAGAGGAUAAAAACAGCCAUGUCUCCUACAAUAGAGUUGGACCCUGUCAACCAUUUACCAGAGAAGCAGAGAGUGGACAUACCGGAGUCUGUUGACUUUAUCAGUCCUCCG